CUUUCACUGCACCCGUUUGGCUUUUGUCCAUUCAGGUUUCUCCAUUUCUUUGACGCGCAAUUUUCACUCCUUCGGCUUUCUUUCAACAAUCCAAGGUGCUCUUAACGGACAGUAAAGUAAUUUUCUUACGAGUAUCGCGCGACGCAGCCCCGGCGGCUUGCAAUUCACCAUGGCCUCCUCCGACUACAACUACGAUGACCAGGGCCAGUUCUUUCCCUUCUUCAUGCUGACAAUGGCCGGCAUUGUCACUCUCCCUCUCACAUACAACGUCUUCAAAGCCUCUACAGAUCUCGAGCAAACCGCUUCGCAUGUAAAAUCAGACUUCAAGCCGAAACAUGGGGACUUAAUAGACGAACAAAGAAAAAAGCGGAAAAGAAGGGAUCGGAAGACGAAGCGCAUCAUUGCGAUGGUGGUAGGGUACGCAUUCAUGGCGUACAUGAUCUAUCUCAUUGCGGUCACCCAGAGAACAGUGCCACAAAUCUGGGAUCCGUAUGACAUUCUCGGAGUCAAGAGAAGUGCCUCGGAGAAGGAGAUUGACAAAUUCUACAAACGAUUGGCCAUCAAACAUCACCCGGACAAGGCGAAGCCGGACCCUGCGAAGAAUGAAACCCUGGAGACCAUCAAUGACCGAUGGGUGGAAAUGACAAAGGCAUACAAGGCUUUGACUGAUGAAGAGAUAAGGAACAAUUAUCUACAGUAUGGCAACCCGGACGGCCGACAGUCUACAAGCAUAGGCAUUGCCUUGCCAAAAUGGAUGGUCGAGGAGGAAAACCGAUACUUUGUGGUCGCAUUUUACGGCAUCCUUUUGGGUAUCAUUCUCCCUUAUACCCUGGCGAAAUGGUGGUACGGCACUCAAGCUCUCACCAAGGAUAAGGUCCUGCAUGCCAGUGCUGGCAACCUGUUCCGGGAAUGGAAAGAAGAUAUCUCAGAAGGCGGUGUCGUGGCAGCAACAAGUGCGGGUGAAGAAUUCAAAGAGGCGCUGAAGGGGACACGAAGUGACGCUGGAGCGGCGAAAGCUGAGAGCAAGGUUUUGAAGAGCUCGGUGCUCAGCGAUGCAGACAAGGCUCGACUGAAGUCCAUCGAAGACCCUGUGCGACGAAAGACGUUGGCUUUGCUCUGGGCCUAUCUCGCUCGCAUCGACCUCGAAGAUACGGAGCUGGAACGGGAGAAAUACGCGGUUGCGCCGACUGCGUUCCUCCUGAACAACUCUUUCGCUUCAGUCACUUUACCAUUCCAGGUUGUCAAGCCUCUACUGUCUGCAUACCAUACCUCACAAAGCAUCAUCCAAGCAGUGCCUCCAAACGCUUCACCGCUACUACAACUUCCCAACUUCACGUCCGAACUGGCGAGCAAAAUUACCGGCACCGCAAAGGAACCAGUCACCCUACAGCAGUUCAUGUCUCUUCCGGCAGCCGUCCGGAGGAACCUGUGCUCCGGCCUCUCCGAAACACAAUACAAUCAAGCCAUGCAAGUUGCGUCUCAAAUCCCCCAUCUUCAAAUCGCAAAGGCAUUUUUCAAGGUCGUCGGCGAACGAGUCGUCACGCCGGGAUCUCUCGUCCAGCUGGUCGUGAAGGCGCGUGUCAUACCUCCAGGAACGAAAAACGUGCCACCCAUUGAUCCUCUCGACCUAGAGGAUAUCGACCCUGAAGAAGGAGAUUUGGAUGCACUACACGGUCGCAAAUCGGCAAAGUCCAAGCGCCGCAAGACGAUAGACGGGAAGGUGGUUGAGGACGAGUCCAACCCUGGUUCCGUACAGCCUCCACUCGCCCACGCCCCGUACUUUGCGGCGGAUCACGCACCGAGAUGGCACAUCUUCCUGGCCGAGGCAAGGAGUGGACGCAUCUCGGUGCCACCGUUUACGUUCACCGCAUUCGACAAGCCGAUCUUCAACCCCGACGGCACACCCACGUUCAACAUGUUGACGUUGAAAUGUCCUUUCCAAGCACCUCCUCAAAUUCAUGCGUUCCCUUUCGUCCUACACCUCGUGUGUGACAGUUAUAUCGGACUUGACGCAAAGGUGGACGUCGUUCUUGAUGUCCGGAAUCCGAGCGAGGCGAACCAGGUGGAGAGUGACGAUGAGAUUAGUGAGCCUGAUGAAGAUACGAUAGCAGGACAACUUCAAGCCAUGAAGUCAGGAGGUUUGUCUGGCGCGACGACCGGGUCCAACCCGACGACGAGAAGAAAAAAGAAGAGGACGGCGAGUCAAGUUGACGUACCUGUCGUACAGUCCGGCAACGCUGCGGCCGAUAGCGACGAGGACGACGAGAGUGACACCGAGGGGGAUGAGAGUGAAGAUGAUACUUCCGAGACGGACACCGAGACUGAAGAUGAGGAUUCUUAGGUAGCCAUCACGACUAGCUGGUCCUUGCGCAAGUGGAUCGAGCGAGUUGAGCGAGUGUUUCGAUCAACCCGGAAAGUAUUCUGUCUCUACAUGGUCUUGGUAGGUUGUACGGGAUCAAGAGAUCAAGACGAUUUGUCUUGACAGGCCAAGGAGGUGACAAAAAGCCCAAACCCUUUCUUCAAAGGAGGUUGUACGAUACGUCCAGAGUGUUGAUUUUUUUCCCCUUGAGACCAACGCGCACGUCGAAUGCGUCACAUUUUGCCUUUGAAUCCAUGGCAUUUGCAUUUCAACGGUGUUUUUUUUGUUGUCUAGGUAUGCGGUAUGGAGAGGGACGUGUUUAUACCUCGUCCGUCAAAAGACACAUUGAAACACGGUACUACCUAGUUGUUGUAGAACAUCAGAAUUCGAAACCUUUCUACAGAGGG